AUGGGUGGUGGUUCCAUUGUUUCUUCUUCUAAUGGUAUACAUGAAGAUUUUCCCUUUUCCAGUGAUGAUAAUCUGAGCCUGGAGGAUGAAGAUAAUGGAUUGGAUUUUCAACAAGUUGGUGUGGAAAGUGGAAACACUUCUUGUGCUGAUUUGGUAGUCAGUGAGAGGAAGAAGAGAAUUGGUAUCAACCAGGAAAUGUUGCAAAGUUUCAAUGAAUUGAAGAUUGAUACUGAGACUUUGAAAAAAGGGAAGAAAAAAAUAUUGAGCUAUAGGCCUGGAACAUGGAUUUGGAAGUCCAGGGGCUUAAAGGUGUGUGAUUAUGAUGUACCAGAGACAACAUGCCUCAUAUUAGUUGGUCCAAGUAGAUCUGGGAAAAGUAGUCUCAUAAAUAGAAUCUCCAAGGUGUUUGAUGACGACAAGUUCGCACCCGCAAGAGCACAAGUAUCAUAUAACUCACUUAUAGGGGGUGGAACAUACUUCCUCCAUGAGUAUAUGAUUCCAAGAAACACAAAUUCUAUCUGUCUGUAUGAUACACCUAGUUUGACGGAUAAUUCUCAUGAGAAUAACAAAAUGCUGAAGAAUUGGAUGACCAAAGGUGUUCGUCAUGGAGAGCUUGUAUUCAGGAGUACAGAAAAUCAGAGACUGAGUGAAGGUUUGAAGUGCAAAGAUGACAAGAAAGGUUUCGUUUCCAGUAAGAGUAGAAAAGUUAAUUCUGUAAUAUAUGUCCUUAAUGGUCUUUCGAUUCUGAAUGCGAUGAAGAAUGCUGGGGGUGCUUUGGAGGCUCGGUAUAUUAAAACAGUUGUUUCUAACUUCAAUUGCCCAUUCCUGUCAUUUAAAGAUGACAAACCUGUGCUUGUUUUUACUCACGGAGAUCUCCUAUCUCUCUCUGACCGUGCUCGUGUUCGAGCAUAUUUGGGGGAGCUAUUGGGAGUUCCGCCAACAACACAGAUUUUUGACAUACCAGACUGUGAUGGCCCUGUGACAGAAUCUUCCAUAAUUGGAAUGUUAAGACAUACUCUUGAGCAUGCUGAUAGAAAUUUUCCUCAGAAACCCAAUGUUAUGAAUAAGGUUUUUAAAAUAUCUGCAUUUCUAUUCAUGAUUUUGCUAAUACUAAGAAUAGAAUUUGCCAUUGGCUUGGCACAAAAUAAGUCCAUGCACCAGUAUCAUGCCUCUCAACCGCAAGCUUGUAGUAGUGAAGUUCAUGAGAUGCAUCCAAAUCUGAAAGUUUCUAAAAAGAAACCCAAGAUUGAGCGUCCGAAAAUGGAAGUUCAUGAAAAGGAACCCAAGAUAGAGUGGCAUAAAAUUCGACACAUAUGGUAA